CAUCCGUUACCAGUGCAUUGUCGUGCCAAUGUUUCUCUCCUCGACAAAAUAAGACUAGUGCUCAAUAGUGACAUAUGUGGCUGAUUCGGCUGAUUAUUCACUGAAAACAACAUAACAUCAUCGUCCGUGAUGUUUUAAUAUUCUCCUCCUGACGGCGUCCGCUUUCUACUUGCAAUCAUGGCAUCCAGUGCGCUUGAAGAAAAAAUUAAUAAAAUCAGGCAACAAAAUGAAGAAAUUAGAAGAAGAUACGAGGAAGUGGAAGAAGAUAAAAAGAAUGCAGCAAAGCUAAAUGCUUUGGUGCAAAUGGUACCAUCAUCCGAUUGGCCAGAGAGAAAAGAACCACCAGAAUUUUCAACUCCACCUAAAGUUAAACAAAAAUCAGCCAAAGAAAAAUAUGAAUACCAAUCACAAGCCCAUUCCGUAGAAGGAAAGAAAACACAUUCAUUUGCCCAAGGAGAAGGUCCACCACCAGAUCCUAAGUAUAACUUCCUAGCAGAUUCUGAACGAGAGGAACAUGGUACAGAAUACACAAAAGAGUCUUCUGGUAAUAGGUCUCACAAUAAAGUAACAAGGGGCAGCUUCAGGAAGAAGACAGGGGGAAGGGAAAAUCAUUUACAAAAGGAUAAUAAAGUGCAUAAAGGAAACUAUAGAGACGAAUCGCAACCAGGAUAUGAUGCUUGGAGGGCAGAAAGGAAUCGUAUCGAUGAAGAUCGCAUCAGUAGGCAGAGAACUGCUGAAGGAAAUUGGCGUAGAGAAUGGGACAAUGAUAAAAUACAUAUUGUAGAUGAUGUAACGAAGAAAGCAACGAGGUCUACAUUAGGCGACUCUAUAAAGAAAGAUCAUAAAGAAUCUGAUCGGAGAUACCAUUCUAAUAAUAACGAGCACACCGCUUACAAUAGAGGUGGAAACCGUCCUCAUCGUGGUUCUUCGAAGAAUUUUUAUGGCAGUUACGACAGCCGGUCUCACAAUACAUACGAUCAACAUAGAAACAAUUCAACUAUGCCAACAAAAGCUCCUCUGUCUCCAACUUCUGAAGAAAGAACUGUAAUUGCUACUGAAAAAAGUAUCAAGGUUACAGUGAAUCAGGGCAGCACAACUAAGGGACCCGUGAUGAGCGUGAAAGUGAACUCACCAAGCAUAGCUGGAACAGGAAGAGUCGGUCCACGGCAAAGAAGUCGAGUUACAUACAGUCAUUCAGAUGCAGAAGCACCUGUGUCCGAAAGUGAACUCUUCCAUCGUCAAAAAUCAUUCGAGGACAAAUCGAAAGCAACAUACUUCAAUAAUCAGAAAUCUCCUAAUGUAAAGAGGUCGCACUCGCAGAAGAAAAAAGAUGGUGAAACAAAAUAUCCAUAUAAUCAAAGGAAAGAGAACAGGAGCGAAGAUGAUAACGAUGUAAAUUCUCAAACACAUGUAAACCAAUUGAAAUCUCUUGCACAGAAAGAUUUAGAGAUGUCUCCUACCGACUCAUCAAAUCCUAUAACAGAUAAUACGGAACCAGUGAAGCAGGAUUUAGACGCGGAUUCGCCUGGAAAAAAUGGAACCGAAGAAUGCUCAAAUGUUGUUUCAGUGAAACUUGAAAAUAACGUUGUAACUGAGAAUAAGAAGUCAUCAGAAGCAUCCAAAUCUGAUUUAUCUAACCAAAUUAAAUCGUUUGAUACAAACAGUGAGGAGGAAAAAGUUAAAGAUGAGGGUAAAAAUGAUAUUUCUAAAAUAGAAAUGGUUGAAGGUAUUUCGACUUCUUUGCUAGAGGUAAAGAAUUCUGAACAAAUUAACGAAGAUGACAAGAAUACGAUUAGUUCUGAAAACAAAAACAAGUGUUCACAAGAGUUUGCGAAUAGUGUAGCAGAAAAUUUGCUAGAAACUAACGAUGUGUCUUCCGAGGCACUGGUUCCUAACAAUACCGAGUCUAAAGUGGAAUCAGUACCAGAUGAAAGCAAUAACGUAUCUAACAAUAUCAUCGCGGUGGAAGAAGUGUUGAUCAAAAAUGAUCAAGAAUCAUUGAAACAAGUUAAUGAACAGAUUGUAAACAACGACUGUGAUAAUAUCAAAGAUGAAACUGCUGUACAACGAAGGCGGUCUACGUUGGAGAAUGAAAUAAAUUCUGUGAUAAACAUUAAGGAUCAAUUAAUCUGCAGCAAUGAGUCAGUUGAAAAAGAAACGUUAGUUGCAGAUGAAAGCAUCGAAUGCUCAGAUAAGAAGUUAGAGAAUACUGUACAUUGCAAUGAGAUAAAUACCGAAAAUCAUGCAAACUGUAAUCAAACGAAUACAGAAAGUACUCUUAGUAAUUCAAAGUUAGAGGAUACUGCAAAUUGCAGUGAGAUGAAUACAGAGAAUCAUGCAAAUUGUAAUGAAAUGAAUACAGAAAGUACUCUUAGUAAUUCAAAGUUAGAGGAUACUGCAAAUCGCAAUGAGAUGAAUACAGAAAAUCAUGCAAACUGUAAUGAAACGAAUACUGAAAAUACGCUUAAUAAUUCAACGGAUAUGAAAAAAGAGAAAACUGAAGACACAGAGGGUACUACGGGAGAAGUGUAA